ACACACAUUUUACGACUGUCCCUAAGAACACCACAACAGUGAGCACAAGAAAAGUUUUCCAAAUAUUCACUUUAUUCGGGCUAUCGGACAGUUUAAAGACCUGGCUCAGAUGCCCUGUGGGGAGCAAUAGUUGUCAAUCAUUUAUCUCAUGAGAUGAAACAAGAAGGGAGCAUGGCUGCAGCGUUACUGUCGGAGACGGAGAUCAGGCACCGGUCUAUGGCAGAGGAGGAUCCGAACGGGAAUGAACAUGGGGCGGCUGCGCGCAGCGCCUUGCCUCGCUGGGGACCGCAGCAUGCCGGGGCCCGGCAGCUCGCUAAGCUUUACUCUCCGGGAAAGCGGCUGCAGGAGUGGAUCUCUGUGAUUCUGUGCCUCUCACUCUUCAUUGUAAACCUCUCCUUCCUCCUCCUCAACUUCUCCACAGUGCACAUCUACAAAAUCAUCUUUGGCAUCGUGACUGGUAUUGUGACAGCAGACUUUGCAUCUGGGAUGGUACAUUGGGGAGCUGAUACAUGGGGUUCGGUGGACAUCCCAAUAAUUGGAAAGGCAUUUAUUCGCCCGUUCCGGGAGCACCACAUUGAUCCGACGGCUAUCACACGGCAUGACUUCAUAGAGACUAAUGGAGACAACUGCAUGAUCACCAUCCUGCCUCUGGCCCACAUGGCCUAUAAAUUCCUCUCUUACCCACCAGAUGCCCUUGCAGAGUCCUACCCCUGGGAAUGUUUUGUUUUUGCGUUGGCAGUCUUUGUAACCAUGACUAAUCAGAUCCACAAGUGGUCCCACUCCUACUUUGGCCUGCCACGCUGGGUCACACUACUGCAGGACUGCCACCUAGUGCUGCCACGGAAGCACCACCGGAUCCAUCAUGUGUCGCCACAUGAGACGUACUACUGCAUCACUACAGGGUGGUUGAACUACCCGCUGGACAGAGUGGGUUUUUGGCGGACAAUGGAGUGGUUGAUCGAGAGAUUGACGGGUCAGAAGCCACGCAGUGAUGACAUGGCCUGGGCCAAGAAAACCGAGUGACCAGGAUAACAGGACUGUACCCCUCCCCUGUUGAGGGGAAGCAGAAACCGAAUAUGGGCCUUACCUCUAUACCCCAGAAACACUCUCCCAUUAUGUUGCUGUGUCCCUCCAUCUCCCCUAAACCUUUUUCUCCACAGCACAGUAUCACAGAUCCCUCUUUAUGUGGAGGCCUUUUCCUGUCACUGAGGUCUGCUACACACAAGCCAUCACCUGUUCUGUUUUGUAGAUGUCCACACAAAGAAAUAGUAGAAAGACAAGAAGAAGUUCAAAACGGUGACUGUUGAGAAAAUGAUGAGAGACACUGUUCCUCUCACAAUCCUUUGCUUCAUCUCCAUGUGCAGACAGGCACCACUGCUUUCUCGUUUCGGUGUGUAAAAUGUAUGUUUUCUGGAGGUUGGGCUCUCCAGAGGACCGAAACCAUGUUGUGAUUUCCCCAGCAUGGUUUUCAUAGCAGUGCAUGCCAUGGAGUGAGAGAAGCAAUUAAAUGUGGAUUUGAUUUUGGAAACGGCGAGAAGAUUAAUCGCAGUCGCAAACACUUUUUCCAGAUUCACAAAAGCAUCACAUAGGCGUUAAAACCCUCCCUUAGUUUGGAUCGAGGGACGCACAGAGGAUGCAUUUCUCAAAACGCAGGGAAAGGGUUUUGUUGGCCAACCAGCGUGGUCAGUGCUCAGUUGACCCAACUGAAUGUUUUCCCUGAAUGUUUCUUACUAAGCUCGUGUUGGCCUUAAGUACAAACCCAUUACACUUAUUUCUAAUCAGCUUACCAGGGCUUAGCGGUGAUGAACAUUGAUUGCGUCUCUGGUGUGUUAGCGUGACGUUAUUGAUAUUUGUAGUAUUAGCAGUCUAGCUAGUGAUGUCCUCCUGCUGUAUCCUGUAGUACAACAGUUUAGCAAAGGUUGUACUAGCAAAAGGUCACUUUAGAAAAGGUCAAUUUGAAUUUGAGUUUUAAGUUACCAAGUUUUGUUUUGUUUUUUUCUUAUGGAAUGAUAUUUGCACUUUUGACCAAUGAUACUUUUUCAUGCAAAACUGAUGUGGAAAACAGCCAAAUACACUCCCUGUUUUCUCUCUCACAUACACUUUUACACAUGCAGACUUACAGAUCAUGAACCCAAAAAAAAAAGAAAACGCGCUUACAUGAACUUCCUCUGUAUUUAUCUCUCUCCAUUUGUGCUGAACUGAUAAAUGGAGAGAAUGAGAGUUUUUAUAGUGUGUUUCAGUUUGGAUUGUCUCACAUUCUAGUACAAUAUCUGCAGCGCCACAAUUUGGGUUUAAUUGUCUGGCUUUUUGAUUUUUUUUUUUCAUUAUACUACAGUAUAACAUUCAGCCUUGUAUUUGUUUUUACUUUACAUCUUGCAGCUAAUGCUCGCUGCUAGUCUGCCUUAAACCAAUGUUUUUAUUAGCUGUAUGAUUUAAAUAUCAAAUAAAUAACAUUUGAUUAUUCA